AUGUCUCCAGCACCCCGAGCCAUGUUUGAGCAGAUGAACUUCACGUGGACCCGUUUCUUGAAAGUCUAUGUCUUUAGGCCGCAGUGGCCCGAUGAGAUGAAGUAUUGCAGUCGUUACUGCUUCAAAGAAUUGAAGCGCAUUGUGCAGUUGGAUCUGGAUCUCAGAUUCAGAAGCAACAUCAGAGACCUUUUCCAAGAGUUCAACCGCUUCCCUUCGGACGCCGUCAUUGGGAUUGCGCGUGAAAUGCAGCCAGUUUACAGGCACACUUUCUGGCAGUACCGCAAAGAAAAUCCCAAAUCCCGUGUAGGUGACCCUCCUCCAGACGGUCUGCCAGGCUUCAACAGUGGCGUAAUGCUUCUAAACCUGGACUCCAUGCGUCGCUCCAUUGUAUACAACCAGCUCCUGGAGCCUGAGCGAGUGGCCCGACUUGCAGAAAAAUACCACUUCCGGGGACACCUGGGAGAUCAGGACUUCUUCACAAUGAUCGGGAUGGAGCACACCGAACUGUUUUACCCUCUUACCUGUGGCUGGAACCGGCAGCUUUGCACUUGGUGGAGGGAUCAUGGGUAUGGGGACGUCUUCCAGCUGUAUUAUCACUGUGACGGACCAGUGCACAUCCAUCACGGCAACUGCAACACUCCCAUUCCUGACGAUUGAGGGUCAGAGUGAAUGAUAAAUCGUCAAUUAAACGCAAGUUUUAUUUCACAAACGUGAAAUCAAGUGGGCCGAGGCAGAAAGGGCCUGUUGGUAAAGGAGCUAGCAUUGUGGCGUUCUCAUGCUCCAGAUAUUAUUUGGUCAUUUACACUACUGAGGCUGUUGGUGCUUUUCUAAAGUUACUGAAAGACUAAGACUAAGGCUUUAUUUAGCAGUUUAAGUGAAGCAGUGACUCAGAGUUUCUCAUGCAGGUGUUUCAUCAAACUGAUCUUAAACAGCAGGUUGGGAAGCAGCCAAUCAGAGCAGUUUCUUUUCCACCCCAUGAUGGCGCUCUCUGUUGUUUACAGAUGUAGACACAUUAAGGUACCAUUAUCUCUCUAAUGCACAACAUAUUUUUUAUUGUUUUGAACGUCUCUUAAAUGGACCGUUCACCCAAAAUUGAGAAUACUUUCAUCUGCUCAACCUUAUGGCAUUUCCAACCUAUAAGACGAGCUCUGUCCCUGCAGUCAAGGUUUAUUCACUCUGACGCUUCAAAACAUUUGUAUGGCUAUUGUAAAAUACAUCCAUAUGAAUUAAAACCAAGUUUAACCAAAUAUGAAUCCAAGUUUUCUGAAUAGACACAUUUGGAUAAUAUGAUCAGUUGAUUUAAUUUAACCUUUUAUUCACAUACAGUAGGAAUCAACAUAAACAGAAGCUCAACCAUAUCUGCUUGAUGCACAACAACAAACAUCAUUAGCUCUUGCAAAAACACAUCUUAUGUCACACAUAAGCAAGGGCGUAGGUUUGCUCUUGACAUGGGUGGGGACCUUUGAACCUCCUGUAAAAUUUGACCUGCUAGCCUACUCUGAGAGAUUAAGAGAACUGACAGGGAUCAUAUUCUUAAUACUUUUACAUUUAGCUGUUUAUUAUGCAUUAUUAUAGUUAGUUUUCAGACCAAAUUAUCCACAGACUAUAUCAGCCUGCUAUAACAUUGAGAUUCAAAGUGGGAAAAACACUAGCAGUAAUGUUACCGUUAUUAUGAUGGACUGUUUCAGUAGCAAACUUGAGUUUAAAAAAAAUUGCACUUUUUUUUUUGCUGCCACCGUCCUCACUUGCAUGUCACCCACCUCACACACUUAUUCUUGCUCAGAAAAAUUCCCCUAUGCAGUUUUGGCGCUGUUACAUCACGUUACAUGUUACAGCAGGGAAAGCCACAGCUAAUCACAAUGUUCAUAUGAGUUGAACAACUCGACUAGAGAAUGUUAUCUAACCCUAUGGCCACGUUAAUGUUGACAGCGCAAUUUUUUUAAAUGAAUUCAAUUAUUGGUGGGGACAUUUCAGUAGUCGGGGGAUAUUGGUGGGGACAUGUCCCCUCCAUUCAUGCUAAAUCUACGCCCCUGCACAUAAGAAUAUGAACCUCAUUGGUUUGUGGCAGAAUCUUAAAUGUUGUCAUGUGACAAACAAGAAUAAACCUUAUUUAGUUCUCGCAGAAUCUCGUGUUGUCAUGUAACAUACAUGAAAGAACCUCAUUGGUUCUAGAGGAAAUCAAUUUUGUCAUGUGACAUGCAAGAAUGAACCUCAUUGGUUCUAGUGGAAACUCGAAUGUUGUCAUAUGAUAUCCAAGAAUGAAACUUGUUGGUUUAAAUGAAAUCUUAAAAUGUGUCAUGUGACAUGCAAGAAUGAACCUUAUUGGUUCUAGUGGAAUCUCAAAUGUUGUCAUGUGACACAAGAAUAAACCUCAUUGGUUCUCACAGAAUCUCAAGUGUUGUCAUGUGACACAUGAAUGAACCUCAUUGGUUCUAGAGGGAAUCAAAUGUUGUCAUGUGAUAUACAAGAAUGAACGUCAUUGGUUUAAGGGAAAUCUUAAAAUGUUGUCAUGUGACAUGCAAGAAUAAACCUUGUUGGUUCUAGUGGAAACUCAAAUGUUGUCAUAUGACAUGCAAGAGUUAACCUCAUUGGUUCUGUCAUAUGACAUGCAAGAAUUAACCUCAUUGGUUCUGUCAUAUGACAUGCAAGAAUAAACCUCAUUGGUUCUAGUGGGAUCUCAAAUGUUGUCAUGUGACAUGCAGGAAUGAACCUCAUUGGCUUUCGAGCAUCAAGCAAGCUUGCGUGAGCUUCCAUCUCCACGUUUGAAUGCUGUAAACAUUGUCCACUCAUCAGUGUUUAUAUUUGAUUAAAAGCCUACAUCAAAUUUCACAUAAGUGGAUUAUUUCUUGCCAGAACACUUGGAUUAAACAUCUUGAUUCAUAUAGAGUUAUUUUAUGAUCUUCUUAUGAUUAUCCUGGAGAGUUUUGAAUCCUAAACUUUUUAAUUGAUUGAAUGGGUUUGGAACAAGGUGAGGUUGAGUAAAUGAUUAAAUCUUCUUUUUUUAUAUAUACCUUGAUCUGUGCAAUGCAUUCUCAAUCCACACCACAUUCACCAGUGUUUUUAUGUAGCGAUGACAAGAAAAGUGGUGUAAAGUGCGUUGACCCACUUUCACAUGUGAUUUUAGAAAUCCCUUUUCUCCGUGAUGUGCGACUGUAUCGCCUUAGAAUAACCAAGAUGUCGUCUAGAACAUCUGAUCAGAAUGAGGGAAACAUUCCUGCUGAGGUGCUGUGAUCCGCCUGAGAAACGUGUAAGUGGGAUUUACUGGAGUUUUCCAUUGGGAUCGGCCUCUUCCCUGAGGGAGAUUAAUGCUAGAUUUAUACCAGAGCACUGUCUGUUGUGUUUGGCUGGCAUUUGUUGAGUGAUGUUGCUGUUGGCGAAACUCUGUGUGAGAUGCUCAUUAUAACCUCCGCAAUGUCAGAUCCACAGGCCGGAGAGAUGGAACCUAGUAAUGAGUCUUUGCAAGUGUUGCCAGAUAGAUGUGCGGUAAUAGGUGGACGCUGUGAGUUUAAGGACUGCAUGUCUUUGGGAUUUUCACUUAAUUUGUUUUUUAGUUCGGUCAUGUUUUGUCUAGUGUUUUCUGUCUUAAUAGUUGAAGACAGUUCCUGUGAUGUAGACCUACUUUUGCCUGAUCAAGUUAAAAGCAAAAUGUUUGCCUAAUUAAACUUUAAUCUGUCGUUCUCAGCAGUUUCCAAGCACAUUUUUUUGUUUUGUUUUUCUACUUAAGUGUUAAUUUACUUUGGGUCUCAUUCGAGAAAGAUGAGCAGGGUUUAUUUCUGGUUACAGUGCAUCCGGAAAGUAUUCAUAGCGCCUUACUUUUUCCACUUUUUUAUGUUACAGCUUUAUUCCAAAAUGGAUUAACUUCUUAAUAAAAACCUGAAAAAUUACAUGUACAUUAGUAUUCACAGCCUUUGCUCAAUACUUUGUUGAUGCACCUUUGGGACCUCUGCCUCAAGUCUUUUUGAAUAUGAUGCCACAAGCUUGGCACACAUUUCUUUGGGAAUUUUUGCCCAUUCCUCUUUGUAGUACCUCUCAAGCUCUAUCAGGUUGGAUGAGAAGCGACGAUGUACAGCCAUUUUCAGAUCUCUCCAGAGAUGUUUAAUAAGAUGAAGGUCUGGGCUCUGGCCGGGCCAUUCAAGAACAUUCACAGAGUUGUUGUGAUGCCACUCCAUUGAUAUUUUGGUGGUGUGCUUUGGGUCAUUGUCCUGCUGGAAGAUGAACUGUCGCCCCAGUCUGAGGUCAAGAGCACUCUGAAGCAGGUUUUUCAUCUGUACAUUGCUGCAUUCAUCUUUCCCUCUAUCCUGACUAGUCUUUCAGUUCCUGCUGCUGAAAAACAUCCCCACAGCAUGAUGCUGCCACCACCAUGCUUCACUGUAGGGAGGGUGUUAGCCUGGUGAUGAGUGGUGCCUGGUUUUCUCCAAAUGUAACGCCUGGCAUUCACUCCAAAGAGUUUAAUUUGAGUCUCAUUAGAGAAUUUUGUUUCUUAUGGUCUGAGAGUCCUUCAGAUGCCUUUUGGCAUAUUCCAGGUGGGGAGUGGCUUCCGUCUGGCCACUCUACCAUACAGGCCUGAUUGGUGGAUUGCUGCACAGAUGGUUGUCCUCCUGUAAGGUUCUUCUCUCUCCACAGAAGAACGCUGGAGCUCAGACAGAGUGACCAUAGAGUUAUUGAUCACCUCCCUGACUAAGGCCCUUCUCCCCUGAUCACUCAGCUUAGAUGGCCAGCCAGCACUAGGAAGAGAACUGGUGGUUCGAAACAUCUUCUACUCACGGAUCCUACACUUCCUUUGUCUUCACACUUCACACUUCAUUGGUUUGUGCUUUGACAUGCACUGUCAACCCUGGGACCUUAUAUAGACAGGUGUAUGCCUUUUCAAAUCAUGUCCAAUCAACUGAAUUUACCACAGGUGAACUCCAAUUAAGCUGCUGAAACAUCUCAAGAAUGAUCAGUGGAAACAGGAUGUACCUGAGCUCAAUUCAGAGCUUCACGGCAAAGGCUGUGAAUACUUUUGUACAUGUGAUUUUUCAGGUUUUAAAUUUUUAAUAAGUCUGCAAAAAUGUCAAAAAAAAUCUUUUUUUUUUUUCACAUUGUCAUUAUGGGGUAUUGUGUGUAGAAUUUUGAGGAAAUAAAUUAAUUUAAUCCAUUUUUGCAAUAAGGCUGUAACAUUAAAAAAAUGUGGAAAAAGUGAAGCGCUAUGAAUACUUUACAGAUGCACUGUAAAUCUGAUGACUGAUGAUAAGAUUUUUGAAAUAAGUCUCUUAGUGUUACCAAGGCUGCAUUUAUGUGAUCCAACAUACAGUAAAAAACAGUUAUAUGGUUAAAUAUUAUUACUGUUUUCUAUUUGAAUUUAUUCUAAAAUGUAAGUUAUUCUUAAUUAGGGUUGUUGCGAUACUGGAAUUUGUUACCAAUUGGUACUGAAAUUUUAAAAACGUCCGUUUCCAGCGAAUCUUUGAGCGCUGUUUAGUGCGUUCUUACACCGCUGAUUUGCCAGUGUGUUCACAUGCUCAAUAGAAAUGACUGUGAUUGGCCAUGAAGGUCAUCAGUUCACCAAACUUACCGCUGUUUACUGAGUGUAACCGAUACAAGAUGAGUUGGAUUUAUCAGCGGAUCGCUCGUAUGUCAGCUUAUAAACAGGCCAGCUGAUCUUUGCUGCUUUAAAAUGCUCCAGUGUCCUUGUAUCUGUUGUUACACUCAGUAAACAGCGGUGAGUUCAGUGAACUUAUGACCUUUAUAGCCAAUGACAGCAAUUUCGCUUGAGCACAUGAACACAAUGGCAAAUUAGCGCUGUUUAAGAACACGCUCAAAUGUCAGCAGGAAAUAUACAUUUUUUAAAUGUCAGUACCGAUUGGUGUCAAAUUUCAGUACCGUGACAACUCUAUUCUCAAUUCUGAAUUUACUGCAUCAAUAUUUCAAAGUUUUGUGUCACAUGAUCUUUCAGAAAUCUUGAUUUGAUAAUAAUGUUUAUUAUUAUUAAUAUUAUUACCAGUAUUAAAAACUGUUGUUUAAUAUUUUAUUGAAAACAAUCUUUUCAGGAUUCUUUACUCUAAGAUGGUUUGUGCAUAUAGUCUAUUUUAAUUUGAAACAGACAUUUCUUGUGUAUGUCAUUGCUUAUUGUUGCUUAUUAAAAUAUAUUAUUUCAAGAAACAAAUGAACUAAUCUUACACCAAGCUUUUAUUUUUAAAUGUAAAUAGGCUGAAAUUAUUUAAUUCAGUUUCCCAUAACUGUUGGAUUUAUGUACAUACUGGUGGUUUAUAUUUAUCAUGAAAAUUUAAUGUUUUUAAUUUUUUUCUUUUAUUUCUUAUGUAAACAACUAUAUAUUUUCAAAGGAACCACUCAGGGAAGAUUGAUGGAGAAAAAAAACAAGUUCUUAGUGCAAUAAAACCAGCACAAACUGUAUUAACAAUAUAUUACCGGUUAUUUUUCUAUGGAACCACCUCCUCCUUGUCUUUAGAGGAUUGAAUGUAAUAAAACACACUUGUUAUGUAAUGUAUGCUGUGUCAUAGCAAUCAAAUGUAUUAAAGAUAAUAAUAGGACCUGCAGAUUUGUAACAAAUCUAAUGUUAUUGUUGUUUUGGUUCAAAUGGU